AUGGCGUGGACGCUGCGGGGGCUUCCGCAGCGACAGCCGCGGUCCGGACUGGUGCGGCCGGCGGCGCCUCCUGCCGGGGCGCUGUCGCCGCCCGCGCAGCCGCUGCAGGUGAAGGUGGUGGGGCUCUUCAAAAGCUCCGGCUUUCAGAUUGCGAAGAGCACGGCAGAGAGUCUGAAGCAUAAUUUUUCAUCCCGAUUUGAAGAUCCUAUAAUAGUUCCUCUUCAAGAAUUUGCAUGGGAUCAAUAUCUACAGGAGCAAAAAAGGGAACUUAAGAAUGAAGUCUGGGAGUAUUCUUCCUAUGUCAUGUGUUUCGUUAAUGACCAGCUCCUGGGUGAUGCACUUGAACUUCAGAAAUGGGCCCAGAAGGUGUGGGAUAUAGUUGACUAUAAGCCCCAUGCACUUUAUGAGGCACUUACUGUGGACUAUUCUGCUAAAUUCUUAAGAGACACCAAGCAUGAUUUUGUGUUCUUGGAUGUUUCUAUUGAUUUUUAUCCAGUUGGAAGACUGAUUUUUGAGCUAUAUUGUGAUGCGUGUCCCAAAACAUGUAAAAAUUUUCAGAUCUUGUGCACAGGAAAAGCAGGGUUUUCUAAAAGUGGCAUCAGGCUACAUUAUGCUGGUUCGUGUUUUCAUCGAAUAGUACAGAAUGCUUGGAUACAAGGAGGAGAUAUAACGGCUGGAAAAGGAGAUGGUGGAGAGUCGAUUUAUGGACCAACAUUUGAAGAUGAAAAUUUUUCAAUUCCUCAUAAUAAAAGGGGAGUUCUUGGAAUGGCCAACAAAGGCCGUCACAGUAAUGGUUCACAGUUCUACAUCACGCUACAAUCGGCUCCCUAUCUAGAUAAAAAAUAUGUGGCUUUUGGGCAGUUGAUUGAAGGAACAGAAGUUCUUCAACAACUAGAAUUGGUUCCAACAGAGAAUGAAAGACCAAAACAACACUGUACAAUUAUUGACAGUGGAAAUUUUUAUGCUUGAUUUUCAAAUCAAUAUUUUCCAACAGUAUAUCAUUAUGUAUCUGAUCAGUUGUUUCUAGAUUUAAUUAAACCAUGCUUGAUAAAAUUUAAUUUGAAAGCUGUGGCAGACACUGUAGGUUAGUUUACACAACACCCAGCAUCUCCCCAUUUUCCUUUCUUGCCUCUGCCAUAGACUAUCGAAGCACAAAACUCAACUUCCCAGCCUCAUUUACUUCCAGGAGUGGCCAUGGGAUACAAUUCUGACCAGUGAGACAAGAGUAAAAUGCCAGUGGUGCUGCCCCUUCCCCUUCAUACCGUCUUGAAUGCAGAGAGGCUGCAGCCGUGAGAGAAAGGCCAAGAGAAAUGCAGAGAUGGCAGUCCCAACUCUUGACCUGUGGAACCAAUACCCACAGCUACCUAUCUCUGGACUUCUUCCUAUAUGAGAAAAAUAGAGCCUUGUUUAUGUUACUGUUGGUUGAGUAUUUUGUUACUUGUAGCCAAAACCAUUCUUAAUUUACAGCAUUACCUAAUGAAUGGCUUUUGAAUCCUGAAAAUUUUUUUUAAAUGUUUUUAUUGAUUUUAGAGAGAGGAAGGGAGAGGGAAACAUUGAUGAGAGAGAACCA